CCCUUCAGUGUCGCUGCUGCUGCUCAGACGGCAACAGCUCCGCCCGCCUCUCCGUCUCCCACCGUCUGUGUCUACCUGUCUCUCUCUCUCUCUCUCUCUCUCUCCUUCUUUUUCUACCUGCCUCCCCCCCCUCUUCCCUCCAUCCCUCCCUCUCCGUCCCUCUCCUCCCCCCUCUCGGUGCGGACAUGCUCCCGGGGCUCCGGAGAUGAGGCUCCGAAAUGUCUCCUUCCUGACGGUCUUGUUGUUCGGGCUGUGCGGGCUGGUCUCCCUGUCCUGGUACACCGCCUUCAGCAGCUCCAGAGGAGAUGUGGUGGAUAUCUACCAGAGGGAGUUCCUGGCGUUGAGGGAGCGCCUCCACUCGGCGGAGCAGGAGAACCUGCGGCGCUCCAAAGAGCUGAACCUGGUCCUGGAGGAGAUCAAGAGGGCCAUCGCUGAGAAACAGGCGCUCAGAGACAUCAACCGCACCUGGAGCAGCCUCUCAGAGGAGACGAGGCUGAAGCUGUGGAAUGUGAGCAGCAGUAAAAACGUCCUGCAGCUUCCCUCCAUCUUCCAUCACCUUCCUCACCUGCUGAACCGAGAGGACAGUCUGCAGCCGGCGGUUCACCUGGGCCAGGGACGCACCGGAGUCUCCAUAGUGAUGGGAGUUCCCAGCGUGAAGAGGGAGGUCCACUCCUACCUGACCGACACCCUCAGCUCUCUCAUGUCGGAGCUCAGCGCCGCCGAGAAGGACGACUGCGUCAUCGUCGUCCUCAUCGCCGAGGCUGACCAGCAGUACGCCAGCAGUGUAGCCGACAACCUGAAGCGCCUUUUUCCAGCAGAGAUUCAGUCGGGUCUGUUGGAGGUCGUCUCUCCGUCCGUCCACUUCUACCCCGACUUCUCCCGACUCCGAGAGUCCUUCGGGGACCCAAAGGAGAGAGUCAGGUGGAGGACGAAGCAGAACCUGGACUACUGUUUCCUGAUGAUGUACGCUCAGUCUAAGGGAACUUACUACGUCCAGCUAGAGGACGACAUAGUCGCUCGUCCAAACUACUUCACCACCAUGAAGAACUUUGCGUUGCAGCAGCCGUCGGAGGAGUGGAUGAUCCUGGAGUUUUCUCAGCUCGGCUUCAUCGGUAAGAUGUUUAAGUCCUUGGACCUGUCACUCAUCGUGGAGUUCAUGCUGAUGUUCUACAAAGACAAACCCAUCGACUGGCUGCUGGACCACAUCAUGUGGGUCAAGGUGUGCAAUCCAGAGAAGGAUGCGAAACACUGUGACAGGCAGAAAGCCAACCUGAGGAUUCGGUUUAAACCGUCGCUCUUCCAACAUGUUGGCACCCACUCCUCUCUAGCUGGAAAAAUACAGAAACUCAAGGAUAAGGACUUUGGGAAACAGACCCUCCAUAAGGGUCACGCCAACCCGCUGGCGGAGGUGACGACCAGCCUGAAGACCUACCAGCACUUCACCUUGGAGAAAGCCUACCUGGGGGAGGACUUCUUCUGGGCCUUCACCCCUGUAGCGGGGGACUUCAUACGGAUACGAUUCUUCACACCUGUCCGCAUUGAGAGGUAUUUCUUUCGGAGUGGGAACAUCGAACAUCCAGGAGACAAACUUUUCAACACAUCAGUGGAGGUUCUGCCGUUCGACAAUAUUCAGGCAGAGAAAGAGGCCUUGACAGAAGGGAGGGAGAAAACACCAAAGUACCACCGGACAGAGGACGGGUUUAUCAGAAUAGGAACAUUCCAGAACGGGAUCGCAGAGGGGGAGGUCGACCCCACAUUCGGACCUUUGGAGGCGAUGCGUCUCUCGGUGAUGACGGACUCUCCGGUCUGGGUGAUCCUCAGUGAGAUCUUCAUAAAGAAAGCAGAGUGAAGCUCCUCUCGUCCCCCACCCCCACCUCACUGAUACCUCAGCGCCUCCGAGCGUUAAGCCGAGUCCGACCUGGAGGCUCGUCAGCUGCCGUCCUGCUCCAGUCCUUUGCCUCCACCGGAUCCAGAUCUCCAACCGCGGUGCCACAGCGCCGCCGUCUGGCCGGACCUCACCACCGCAGGGCUGAACAGAUCAGAGACUGGAACCACAGAAAACACACAGACAGACGACGACGAUGACGAUGACAGGCCGAGGGUGAAUCCCCGUCUCCUGGUUUUUGGUGCAGGAAGAGAUGAAGCUGUAAUUUAGUCCUGGAGAAUCUGUAUUUAUGUGUACAUACAAGGUAAAUGUUGAAAACACUGGUGAUCACUGAGGCGGUGGCGAGAGGCCGAGCCACUUCUGAUGAUGAAACUGCUGCUUCCAAAACUCAAAGGCCUCUUUCUGUCUGCAGUCUGGACCUUUCUACCGACACUCUCCCACCCCCCCACCCCCCACAGUAACCAUGUAUGUGCAUAUAUGCAUAGAAAUGUUCACACUAUCAUAUGAAUGCCCUCUCAGUGUGUUUGAUAUGUGUCUGUAGUUGCUGCUCGGGGGGUUCACACGUGAGCGAUUUGCCUUAAAGAUCGAAGAGCAGGUUUUACUUCAAACACCCCCCCCCAUCACCCCCCUCCCUCACUGAAAAAUGUAGCGCCGACAAAUACCCAGAGUCCUCGGAGCUUCUCACAUCACGUGGCUUCAAAACUACUGACGACUGACGACAGCUGGUAUUUUACUUUUUUAACAAAAAGUCUUAAAAGUUGUUUUUAUUUUAAGUUAACUGAGGCCUUGACUGCUCUGUCUUCUCCUUCACAGUACUCUGAUGUACUCUAAAGUACUCUACAGUACUCUACUGUACUCAGAUGUACUGCAGUUUCCUCUGCUGUGCUCUGUUUACUGUAGUUUUCCAGUCCAGUGCAAAAACAGAGAAUCACAUGUUUUCUUUCUUCAGUCUCUCAUCGACAUGUUUGGUUAUAAAUUGUAAUAAAUUAUAAAAUUCUUCUUCGAGCAGUUUAAUCGUCAUUUCUCUUUAAAGACGCUGCCAUGUUGGAUUAUGUGUCAGGAGAGAGAACGGCUGAUAAAUUCGCUCCCUCAGAUUAAUAAUUUUAGUCCUUUAGAAAUUUAUUUCAUCCCUGAAAUGUGACAAUUAGUUUCCUAAAGUUAAAUAAUCAUGUUUCCUUGUCUCCCUCACACUGUGGCUGUGGACGGACUGGAUUUAAUUCACUUUGUUUUACGUCUUGGACUCAGAUACAGGGGUAUAAAUCAGAUUAUCUCCUGAAGAGGCCUCGAGGUAAAAACGAACAGGGUGUCACUCGUCCAGUUUAUUCUGUGCUGUCAGGGCAAGAUUAACUUGUUAUUCUGCCUCAGGGCAAAUACGAUCUAGACCCCUGUUGAGGCCCUGGAGUUGCUGCCCCAUCCACCCCUGCCCUGUGGGUAAAAAGACGUCCACAUCUGGAUUAAAACAGAGGCUGAAUCUGAUCGAUUUCAGGUUGUUUAACAGUUGUUUCAGCAUCAUUUGUUCCACUAUUUAUGUCCGUACCCGAUGGAUCAGGUUAAGAAAGAAAACUACAGUAGAAAUGUGAUAAAUAAACUCAUUAAAGUUGGUGCCAGCUCCACCCCUUUGGCCCUGAACCCCACAGCUGCUCCUGUGGUUGUACCGACCCGUCACUGUUUCAGUAAAUAAAGGUUAAAAAAGUUUAUUUUUAAGCCAAAGGUGUCUUUUCACCCACAUUUACUGUUUUCUCAGCAAACUCAACAAACAAAAAAGUCAUUUUCAGGGACAAAUGUACUAAUCUGACGGAGCAAUUAAUCUGAAUUUCCUCCUCCAACGAGACUUUAUUCAGACUCAACCCUCCCUUCAGUUCAGAUAUAAAACAGACCUGAUCACACUGAAGCGUCUACGAGCUUCAGAAAAGAAAAAAAAAACAUUCUGAGUUUUUAUUUUAUUUUAUUUCUUUGUAAGAUGCACUGGAAUGCAUUGCUAUAAUCUUGUGUUUGUCUUUUGUAUCCUUUAGAUAAACUCUAUUUAAAUGAUUCUAUCUGAUCUGUGAAUUGUAAUAAAGACAGAAAUUUAAUGAA